AUGGAGAGGGUCAGAUUCACCUUAGGAGUUCUUGAUCUAGAUUUAUCCUUUUUGACCCCAAAACCAGCUGCUCUUACUGAAAACAGUAGCAAAGAUGAGAAAGACAAUUUCAAAGCCUGGGAGAGAUCAAAUAGGUUGAGCCUCAUGUUUUUAAGAAUGACCAUAGCUGGAAACAUCAAACACUCACUCCCUAGUACAGAGGAUGCCAAAACCUUUUUGACAAGUGUUGAGGAGAGAUUUCGCUCAGCAGAUAAGUCUUUAGCGGGGACCUUAAUGGCUAGACUUGCCACCAUGAAAUAUAAUGGGGCUAAGGGAAUGCAAGAGCAUAUCCUUGAGAUGACAAAUAUAGCUGCCAAACUUGAAACUCUAGGAAUGAAAGUAGAGGAGUCCUUUAUUGUUCAAUUCAUCCUGAACUCAUUGCCACCUCAGUAUGGUCCAUUCCAGAUGCACUACAAUUCUAUCAAGGAUAAAUGGAAUGUGAAUGAGUUGGCUAGUAUGGUGGUUCAGGAGGAGAUAAGACUAAAACAACAAGGGACUUUUUCUGCUAAUUUUGUGACUCAAGAAGCUGGAAAUAAAAAGCACCAUUAUGGGAAAGGAAAGAAACAAGCACCACCAAAGGGAAAGGGACCUGCUAAAGGCAAUUAG